AUAAUGAAUAGCCACAAUGCGAAGCUUCCGGUGUGGAUGCUAACCCCUAUGGAAGAGAAGGAAGCCAGAAAAAGAUGGAAAGAGUACGCUUACAAACAAUGUGAUGAAGUUGUUCAAAAAUUUGCUAAAUGUUCCAAGGAAAAUGGGGUUGGUGUUUUAUGGAAUUGUAGAAGUGCAAGAGAUGAUAUGAAUAAAUGUAUUCUAAGGCUUCAAAAACCUGAAGAACUAGAUAGACAAAGAGAACUACUUAUUGCAGAAAAAAUUGAAAAA